GCCCUGAUCUGGAUUAUUCCUGAGAUACCUGGGAUGGACUAAUAGCCACUCUGGGGAGGAAAAAAUGAAAGUUACAAACAUGCUGGCCAAGGCCUUGUACGAUAAUAAAGCCGAAUGCUCGGACGAGCUGGCCUUCCGCAGAGGAGACAUUCUCACCGUGCUGGAGCAGAACGUCUUCGGCAGCGAGGGCUGGUGGAGGUGCUACCUACACGGACGGCAGGGUCUAGCCCCGGCCAACCGCCUGCAGCUCUUCACCGCCACGCAGAACGAAAUCCUCUUCACUCCGUCCAGCUACGGCUCUAUCAGGCGGCAGCAGAGCCCGCAGAACAUCUACCAGGUUCCCUCGGCACCGAAACCCGAGAACACAGCCGCAUACGAGCGCAUGGACAGUAUCUACAUCACCCCUCCGUCACCCAACACGGGCGACAUCUACCAGACGCCCGUUUCACCGGAGAUACUCUACGAGAAGGCGUGCAGCUCAUCCAAUCAGCACCUGUUUACUCUGCCCAGGGCCACCCGCGCCUCGAACCCCACAACUCUCUCCCAGCAGGAGCUGUACGACACCCCGCCGUCCAAACACUGCAGCCCCACAUCCUCCCAGGACCGUAAAACUCCAUCUCCGGUCGAUAGACGGUCCCCGGUUUUCUCAUCGUCGGAGAGGAUCCAGCAGCAGAUAUAUGAUAUCCCGUCCAGCCCGGAUACACCAGGGAGGGAGAGCCUCAAGGAGCCCAAGAACGCAAAUAUCUACGCCGUCCCUCCAAGUGGCCUUCAUCAGAAGAAACGUUGCGAGACGCCACCCACGGCCGGCAAUUUUAACACUCUGCCAAAUCCCAGAAAGUCUGAGUGGAUUUAUGAUAUCCCAGUCUCACCGGAAAAGAAAGACCUAAAAGAUACCAGCCGCAAGAUUUCUCUCGACACGCGGAUGGUAUAUGACAUCCCACCGACACGGUAUGGCUCGGGAGCCAUGCAACCCAAACCAGACGGCAACUCUCCGAGCCAAAUAUACGACAUCCCUCCUCCAAUGCAUAUCAAAUCGGCGUCCGCUGAUCAGACGCUGUACGAUGUCCCAGCUUUUCGGGAGAGCCUGGCUGCGCAGCAAAACGGGAGUUUAAAGAAGUCGUCAUCGAGUUUUGGGAAGGUGAAGUCGGACCAAGUUGAUUACAAAGAAAACAUUUACGAUAUCCCCCGAGGGCUGGUGGCGCCUGCCCACGGAAAAAGAGAAACAAGCAGCCCUGUUUGCAAUAGGCGGAUUUACGACGUUCCUCCAACGCUACCCAGGAACUUCAAACUGUCCCGAAUUGUCCCAAACAACGAAGGUGACAGGCUGUCUGUCUCAAGCUCGGAAAGCAGAACCAGCACCCUAUCUACUUCAUCAAGCUCCUCUCAAGAGUCUUUCACAUCAUCAUUAUCAGAAGAUUCCUCCAAAGAAGGGGCUCUGGAACAUGAUGUGGCAAUCAAGACGAUAACCCAGCUGCAGGAACGAGUGUCCACCUCCAUAGCAAGCCUCAUGAUCUUUGUGAGCAGCAAAUGGAGGUUACAAGAACACAUGGAAGCCAACCUGGAGGAGAUACACCGGGCCGUAGACAGUAUCAUUCUGUCACUUGGGAUGUUUGUGGACUUUGCGCAACGCAUCAAGGCCAAUGCCUCACGUCUAACUGACAGCAACAUUCAGUUACGGAUUAACCAGCAGCUCUUAACGCUCACAGACUCGUUACAAACCCUGUCCCAUAACCAAGAAGAGAUAAACCUCUGCAACUGGUCACUCCACAAGCUUGUAAUCAAGUCCCACACGACUCCAGAUGACCUGGACUGCUUCGUCAUGGUGGCUCGAACUAUUCCAGACGACAUCAAGAGGUUUGUGUCUAUCAUCAUAGCAAACGGGAAGCUUUUGUUCAGGAAGCAAGAAGCGGAAAAGAAGCCCAAGUCUCAGAGAGAGCAUUUAGCGGCGCGGAGGCUACAGAAGGCAGCGCAGGAUGAGGCUGCGGUACUUCAAGAAUGCAUCACGAAGGUGGGGGAGAGCACGAAAGAGAGGAGACCCCAGCUCCCCAGACAAAAGGCCAUCGAAGACUGCGAUUACGUCCACCUGCAGAAAAAGGAAGAAUUUGAAAAAAUGCAGAAUUUGUCUUCAGAUCAACUGCAUGAAAAUAAUACCCAUAAAGGAGAAAAGAAAAAGGAAUUUGUGAAAAGUGGUUCCAAGCCGCCUGUAUCCAAGGAAACCGAAAAGAAAAGUGAAAUAUUCUUAAAAAAGGAAUCGUCACCCAAACAAGACACCCCAGAGGAAUCGCCCAAGAAGAUCCCUCUCUCUGAGCACUGCCACCUUUACUUAGGAGCUCUGCAGAAGGCAAUCGGAGUCUUCAAAGGCAGCUUGAGUACAAACCAACCUCCUGAGGUCUUUAUCACCCACGGGAAGUUAAUCAUCAUGGUGGGACAAAAACUGGUGGACUAUCUAUGCCAAGACGCAAAGGACAACGAAUCUCGUAAUGAUGUCUUGCAUAAGAGUAGCGAGCUCUGCAGCCUCCUAAAGAACUUGGCAAUGGCCACCAAGACAGCUGCCAUACAGUAUCCAAACACAGCUGCCACGCAGGAAGCGCAUCGCCGGACGGACGAGCUCUCGGACUAUGCACAGCUAUUCAGGUCGAUGGUGGAAUGACGUUUCCGGCUACAGCAAAAGACUUUCUCUUCUAUCUGGAACUACAGAAUCUUUCUGUCCCCCGAGGACGUUCGCUCCAACGACAAAAUCAACCUUAGCUACAGAGAUAAUAGAUGUUUUCUACUAUUUCUCCCAAUUCUCUG